AUGUUAGUGUUUAUUAUGGUACCACACAGAAGAUAAUUAAUGGAGGAUUUGAAACAGGUAAUCUCACUGGAUGGAAUUAUACAGGCAACUGCGACUUUAACGUUAACAGGGGGGUGGCUUAUCCGGGUAGCAGUUAUGCUAAAUCAGGUAGCUGGUAUUAUUAUGAUCGUUGUGCCGGUAGUAUGAUGGGCGAUACAAUAAGUCAAACAUUUUCUACAACUGCCGGUGGUACAUAUAUGAUUAGCUUUUGGUUAACAAAUUAUGAUUGCUGUAAUGCGACUGAAAUCGCCAAUAUCACUCUUAUUUGA